AUGGGGGUGAAGCGGAGCCUUCAGACCGGGGGAAUUCUGCUCAGCUUCCUCGCCAGCGUCCUCACGGUGCUGUCCACCGCCACCAACUACUGGACCCGACAACAGGGGGGCCACAGUGGCCUGUGGCAGGAGUGUAUCGGCAACAUCUGCUCCAACAUCCCCUGCCAGACCACAAUGGCCCUGACCGCAGCGUGCAUGGUGCUGGCAGCGACCUUCAGUAUCGUAGCUUUGGCCAUGGGGUUACGGAUUCGAUUCCAAGAGGGCGAUUUGCUGAGGGGCCGGCCUACAAUCGUCUUGCUCUUCCUCAGCGGGCUGCUGCUGCUGAUUGCCUUGGUAGGCUACGCAGCGAAGAACGCGUGGAAGCACGAUGAUUUCUUCUCCUGGUCCUACUUUAUCGGAUGGCUGGCUUUACCCUUCUCUUUUCUCGCGGGCUUCUGCUUUCUGUUGGCGGACAUGAUCGUGCAGAGCACCGAGGCCAUCGGCGGAUUCCCCGUGUGCCUGUGACUGCAGCCUGCCUGGGGCAGAAUAAAGGAACGGCUUUCAGCGCCGGCUCCACUGUGCUUUUCUGGGGGGACAAUAGACCCGAAGAAGACCUGCACACGGAUUCGGGGACACAUAAGAGGCUCAGGAAAGAAGUGAGGUCAUGAGCCCGUAGGGACUCUGAGGUCA